CAAAAACAAAAAAUUCAUCUCACAUGCUGGCACGAGUAACUUCAGUUAGUCGUCUCGCAUAAUUACGUACUUGCCAACGUGAGCAUGAGCAGCAGAUGAGCAGCUAUAAAGGGUUAUUGCAAAUCGUGGUGACCUGAUCGUGACCCAUUUAAUCAGCGGUCGUCACACGUUGCGGACAUCGGAAGUUUCUCUAUGAAAAGAGCACUACUGGCAUUGUCAAGGCUGAGCAACAACGAAAAAGCAAAGAAGCUCUCUCGCAGGAGCGAAGGGAGCAAGAUGUUGACCAACGAAGACGACAAGCCAUUCUCUAUUUUGCCAAAUCCAAAACAGUCUGAAAAUGACAAAAAGGAAUAUAGAGUAAUUAAGCUGAAAAAUGGAUUGACCGCUCUCUUGAUCCACCAAAACCACGAAGAAGAAGAACACGCAGCAAAUGAUGAAGAGUCGACAACCAGCUCGCAAGGUGACGAGCCGAUGGAGGAAGGCAGCGACUCGGAUGACAGUGGAUCAGAUAGUGGCAAGGACUCAUCAGAAACUCACCAGUCGGCAGCUAGCUUGACGGUCGGUGUUGGCAGUUUUGAGGAUCCAGACGAUCUGCCAGGUCUAGCUCAUUUUUUGGAGCACAUGGUCUUCAUGGGCAGCGAGAAGUAUCCGCAGGAAAAUGAUUUUGACGCAUUCAUAAAGAAACAAGGUGGCGAAGAUAACGCGUCGACCGAUUGGGAAACAACGACAUUCUACUUCAUUUCCCAACCGCAAGCCUUCAAAGACGCACUCGACAGAUUCUCCCAGUUCUUCAUUUCUCCUUUGCUGAAGAAGGAAGCGAUGCAGCGCGAGCGAGAGGCGAUCGAAUCUGAGUUCAACCUCAAUUUGGCGUCUGAUUACAACCGAAAGUCACAGCUGCUGGGUAGCUUGGCUAAGAAAAACCACCCCGUUACCAAGUUUGCGUGGGGCAACAUCCGUUCUCUGGGUGGCAAAGCCGGUGAUGAGCAAGAGAAGAAGGACAGCGAGGUUCACGCCAGACUGAGGCAGUUCAGAGAGAAGCAUUACCUGGCAGAGGCGAUGACCCUGGCGGUGCAGAGUACUCACAGCUUGGACAUGCUGCAGGAGUUUGUCGUCGACACUUUUGGCGCCGUCCCCUAUGGAAAUCCUCCCAAGAAAACUAAACCAGAAAUCACUCCAGACUUGGAGGCCCCUUUCAACACCACUGAGUUCAAUAAGAUUUAUUACGUUGCCCCAGUCAAGGACAUCCAAGAGGUGCAGCUUACUUGGUCGUUGCCCUCCAUGCUGAACAAGUACAAAUCCAAGCCAGAACGCUACGUAUCUUGGGUGAUCGGAUACGAAGGCAAAGGAAGCCUUAUAGAGUACCUGCGAAAAAAAGUGUGGGCGUUGGAACUGGUCGCAGGAAGCGAGGAUUCUGGAAGCGACCACAACUCCUAUUAUCUCCACUUCAGCCUCACUGUGUCCCUGACUGAGGAGGGAUACAAAAACAUUGACAAGGUAUUGGAGGCUGUCUUUGGUUUUCUGCAUAUGAUGCAUCAUGAAGGUCCGCAAGAGCGGAUCUACAAGGAACUGAAGUCAAUCGCUGAGACAAAGUUCCGAUUCACUCCAGAGCCGAGCCCUGGCGACAACGUGGAGUCAUUGUCUGAGCAUAUGCACAAAUACCCUUCAGAACACUACAUCACCGGCUCUGAGCUCUUCUACGAAUACGACCCAGAAGGCAUCAGAGAGUGCCUCAGUUACUUGCAGCACAACAACGUGAACGUUAUGAUUCUGACCAAUGGACACAAGCAAAAAUAUGACCUCAAAGAGCCCUGGUUCAACACGCCCUACACCGUUCAAGACAUUUCACCUGAGCAGCUCUCCAGUUGGGAAAAUGCAACGGUCCUAGAUGCUUUUACUCUUCCUGAGCCAAAUCCAUAUUUGACCUCAAACUUCUCAAUUUUCGAACCUGAAGAUGAUGCCUCAGACUACCCGAUAAAAGUAGUGAAGCAUUCGGCUGGAGAAUUGUGGUUUAAGCAAGACAAGAAAUUCAACCUUCCUAGAGCUUACAUAAUUUUCCAUCUGAUAUCUCCUUUGAUUUUUCUUUCGCCGGAAAACGCCUGCAUGCUGGACAUGAUGAUUGGCGGCUGGAAGCAGCAACUGACCACCAAAGUCUACCCUGCCGAGGUUGCUGAACUCUCUUACUCGAUUAGCCCGACAGAAUCAGGAACAGGUCAAGGAAUUUCCAUCAUGGUCUGGGGAUACAACGAAAAACUGCCGCUCUUCAUGGAAACUAUAUUGAAAGAGUGGGAUGGCUUUGAAGAAAGCUUUAGCAAGGAUUUAUUUGACGCAGUUAAGGAUGUUGUGAAGAAGAGCUACUACAAUGGUGCUCUUAAACCUUCAAAGUUGCAUAAGGACAUUGCCAACAGUGUUAUCAAGAGCACUCACUGGACUGUUAUACAAAAAUACGAGGCAAUUGGCAGCAUUUCUUAUGAGCAGCUAAAACUGUACUCGAAGCAGUUGAAAAAUCGGCUCUAUUGCCGCAUGCUCAUCCAAGGCAACAUGCUCAAAGCGCAAGCUAUCGAUACAUUUGGUCUCGUCCAAAAAACGCUGAAUUACAAGCCUCUGAUUGCCAAUACUUGGCCCCACGCCCGAAUGGUGCAAAUUCCAAUCGGUGAACAUUUUGUGACUGUCGAGUCGAUCGACGGGAACAACUCAAACUCUGCUAUCACCCAGCAUUUCUUCUGUGGACUCGCAAGCUUCAGAGAAGUCAGCAUAGCAGAAAUGAUAAUGUUCAUGUUUGGAGAGUCUGCUUUUGACUUUCUGCGCACCAAAGAGCAACUAGGAUACAGCGUUAGCACACCUUUGUCCAUAGCAAAGGGUAUUCUCAGGUUUGCUGUGUCCGUGAACAACCAAGAAGACAAAAACUCUCUCAGCCACGUUGAUGAAAAAAUUCAGGAAUUCCUCCUGAAAUUCUACAACGACCUGAAAGUGAUGACGCCCGAACAACUGGAGGAGUUGAGGGUUUCUGCCAUGCGGCAAAAGAUGCAAGCUGACUUACAGCUCAGAGAAGAAGUCAACAGGAAUUGGGAGGAGGUUUACACAGAGGAAUUCAUGUUUGAUAGAAACAAGAAGGAGCACGACGAAAUUGCUAACAUCACACACCAGGAAUUGCUCGAAUUUUUCCACAAAUAUGUGUUUGACCAUCAGUUUGUCAGAACUCUAUCUGUUGCUGUUAAAGCGUUUGUGCCUUCAAGCAACAAAACGGUUGAAGACAUCAACAAGUGCUCUCUCAAGGAAAUGUGUAUCAAGUACACAGAGCCUGGCGAACUGAAGCGAAAGGUGAACCACAUUCAGGACAUUGAUGAAUUCAAGAGAAGCCUUUACUUAUACCCCACUCACAAAGUAUUAAAUUAACAACAAUACUGGGGAUUUAAUUUAAUAAAUAGAUAGUUUCUAUUUAAAUAA